UCCAGCACAGCACUGCUCCCAGCUCCCAGGAUGGAAGCUUGUCACUCUCCAGAGCAAUUCAAUGUCACCUCAUAUGCUGCCACAGCUGUGGCCAUCAUCACCUUUGAAGCAUUUGCUGGCAUGUGGAUAAAUGCUUUCAUUGUUUCUGUGAUUUGCAUGUCCUGGGUGAGAAAGAAAACCUUGAACUCUAAUGAGAAGAUCUUGCUUUUUCUGGGAUCCUCCAGGUUUUGGUGUUUGUGCAUCUCAUCGGUAUACUCCUUUCUCUCAAUCAUUUAUCCCCAUUUCCUUUACGUUCUCCCCACACUUACACUAUUUGUAUCUAUUCAGAGCUUUUUAAAUUACUCCAACAUAUGGGUUUCUGCGUUUCUUUGUGUUUUUUAUUGUAUAAAAAUUGCCACUUUCAGGAACAGCUUCUUCGUCUACCUGAAAGUGAAAAUUGAUAGGAUGGUGCCCUGGCUCUUGUUGGGGUCAGUGUUUUUCUCCCUGGUUAUUGGAACUGUUGUCUACGACGUCACCGAUAAAGCUUUCUGUAAAAACCUCAAUUUCACCUGCCAAGGAUGUAUUUGGAAACCAAGUAUCCAAAUAGAAGAACAUUUUUUCCCCAUUUUUUUUAUCACUGGCUUUGGAUUUGUCACUUCAUUCAUGGCAGUCACCUUUUCUGCCCUUCUGCUUCUCUUUUCCCUCUGGAGACAUAAUUGUAACAUGCAGACAAACUCCAUGAAGGACCUCAGCAUGGAUGCCCACAUCAAAGCCAUGAAAUUUAUUCUCUCCUUUUUAGUAAUGUACAGCAUCAACUUUGUAUUUUUGAUCCUGACACUGAUUUACGUCCCUAGAAGACAAAGUUAUGUGCAUUUUCUUAUUUAUAUAAUGCUAAAUGCUUUUCCAGGUGUUCAUUCCCUUAUUCUGAUUUUCAGCAAUCCCCACCUGGAAAAAAAAAUGCUAGGGAUUCUUCCCUGUGUGAAGUGCAAGGUUUGCAUGAGGUAG